AGAACGAAAACAGGCAAACACGAUGAUUUGAUACUUGUAUUGCGCACGCCCGGAGAGAAUCUCCCGGGUAAGCGCUUGAUCGACAGGGCCGGAUGGAGACGAAGAUCUAGGUCGACCAUGGCGGCGAUGCGCUUGAGGAAUGCGCUGCGAUUGAGAUGAUGUGUAAUAUCGGGAAUGCCGCCGCCGCCGCCGAGCGCGAGGGUCAAGCAAUCGAAGCUCAAGGAGCACCGGCGAUGGAGCAGCUGGUUUAUCUUCUGGGGAAUCGCGCUCGGCUGCUGGAUUUGGUACCAUUCGGCCAAGAUUCCGGCGUGGUUACACCAGGGAUCGCUCUACGGCCAGAUCGUCCAUCGCCAGAGGCUCUUUCUCGAGGAAACAGGGGAUUUUCGCCAGGGAAUGGCCAUCACCGACACAAUAGAAGAAAUGGAUCACGGGCUUCGCUCUGAGGAUGGACAGGCUCUAGAACAGGGAGAUAGCAACAGAUAUUCUCUGGAGGAUCAAGAGGAGAGAGAAGAAUGGAAUUUUCCAGAGGAGGACCAGCCCAAAAAUUCCAGGACUUGCGCUACGGUGGAGGAAAUGGGUGCGAUGGCUACUGCGAGGAGCACCAGACUUGUCGAUCUAAAUCUGAGAGGAAUGAUCGAGGAGUAUUUUGCCGAGCAUGGCGCUCGUCGCGUGAGAGCUUUGGCAGGGGAGGACUUUUGCAAGAGGAACUUUAUCUUUGGAAGAGCUAAAGAGGACGGCUUUGGUAAUGAAAUGUACAAGAUCUUGACUGCCGCUGGACUAGCUCUGAUGCUAAACCGAUCGCUCAUCGUCGGGGAGGACAGCUCCCAGAACCCGGGAUAUCUAGGACUAAACGAGAGGACACACCAUCCAUUUGGCGAUUACAUUUCGUUCUCUCGCGAAACUUUCACUAUGAGAGAACUGAAACACUUGUGGGUGAUUCACGAAUGUGCUACGAAGUAUAAACGGCCUCUCAAGCUGAGAAUGGAUUUAAUCCAAAGGCCGUCAGGAACAAACUCUCUGUGCGGAGAUUGGAGCGAAUGGUCACAGCCAAUUAUCUGGUUUUAUGGUGCUCAAGACGCUGUCGCUCUACAGAUUUUCCUCAAGAACAUCAACUUCAAAAUGAAAACCGCUGCGACAAAGAUCCUGGGAGACUCAUUUGCACCUUCCACGCGUGGGAAUCUCUACGGAGAGCUCAUGCGCGCAUUUAUCUCACCAAAGCCGGAUAUUGUUGACGCAGUUCGGUGGGCUCUUGGCGGCGGGCGAGAUCCCGACUUAGCUCUUCACUUGCGAAUGCUACACAGCAGGUCCAGACGUGCUGUUGAAACAGCUUGUAUUUGCCUGAAAAGAUUGAUAAACCAGCUCAACUUAGACAGACUUCCUCGAAUAGCGAUCGUGACAGACACUCCUGCCGUUGUCGACUACAUGAGGACGAACUUGGAAGCAUUCGCUGAGGUCAUACAUUUCGAUUAUAGACUAUACCUGGCCUCGUCACCAAACGUGAGCGACGUCAUGAAAGAGAACUACUUCCAGCCUCCAAAAAAGCGAGUCGACGACUGGGGUCCGUUACCUCGCUGGGUGGCACUCGUCGAUUUCUUUUUGGCAUCAAGAGCAAAGUAUGGAGUAGUCUCGGGGGGAUCCAAACGAGUUGCCACCACUUACGCUCAAUUGCUCGCAUCAUUAGCGGCCGCAAAUACCCUUGUUCCAGGCGACGAGCACGGGAAAAAAGAAGAGGAUUUCAUGUUCUACAGCAGCUUCCAUCCGGCUCUAGUGACUCGCGGCCUUUCUUCGCAGCGAGGAUGGGGCCACGCUUGGAGAACUUUCAGUGGAAGGCUAAGCUGCGCGAACCAAACCACGCAAUGUGCUCUAACUCCGCUACUCCCUCACGCUUGGUGGGACGGGCCAUGGCAGCUCCCAACUUCUCGCGACGCCAGGAUCAUGCGAAGCUAUGGCAUCGAAUUCAACAGCUCGGGCAAUGUCGUGGAAGAAAAACUCGCAAAGUUUUGCCGCUCGCGGAAGCGCCCGGCGACGAGCAUCACCAAGCUGGAGCUCCCGCCGUGUAAGAAACUAAACUUUAAACGAGAAUCGUGCUGAGGAUAUCCGUUCUAGGCAUAUUCGCCCCU